AUGAAAUUAGGACAUAAUGAAAUAAUGAUAACAUCAAUGUAUUUUAAUGAUAUUAAUGAUUUUAUUAAUUUAGAAAUAGGAAUUAAAAGAUUUCAAGGAAAUAUGGAACGAUUUCAUUUUAAUCCAAUUCCAUUAAAUCAAUAUUCAAGAAGAUUAUUUACUGAUAUUGAAACAUUUCAUAUUUAUAAUGAAGAAGAUGAAAUAUUUGAUGAUGGAAAAAUAUUUAAAUAUGUAAUAUGGUAUUUAGUAGAUUAUUCAACAUAUUUACAAGGAAAAGAAGAAGGAAAUAUCUGUAAAAAUAUAAUAUAUACAGAAGAAGAUAGAAAAUCAUAUGGGAAUACAAUACCAUCAGAAGUUAAAUCACUUGGAUAUUUUUGUUUUAGAUAUUGUUAUGAAUUAACAUCAAUUGAUAUACCAACAUCAAUUAAUGAAAUAAGAAAUGAAUGUUUUUAUGAAUGUACAUCAUUAAAAUCAAUUAAUAUACCAUCAUCAAUUAGUAAAUUAGGAUAUGAUUGUUUUUAUGGAUGUACAUCAUUAAUAUCAAUUAAUAUAGAUAAUCUACAAUAUAUCAGUGAAGAAAGAAUAUUUAUGAAUGAACCAGUGUUAGUUAGUAUUAAAAUACCAGAAAAUCUACAAAUAAUCAAUGGAAAGAAUAUUGAAAAGAAAGAUAUUAAUAAAUUUAUUAUUCCAUCUUCAAUUACUAAAUUAGGAUAUAAAUGUUUUUAUAAAUGUUCAUCAUUAACAUCAAUUAAUAUAUCAUCAUCAGUUAGUAAAUUAGGAGAUCAUUGUUUUCAAGAAUGUUCAUCAUUAACAUCUAUUAAUAUACCAUCAAGUGUUAGUAAAUUAGGAGAAGAUUGUUUUUAUGAAUGUUAUUUAUUAAAAUCAAUUAAUAUACCAACGUCAAUUAGUAAAAUAGGAAAUUGGUGUUUUAAAUAUUGUUCAUCAUUAAAAUCAAUUAAUAUACCAUCAUCAAUUAUAUCAUUUGGACGUGGAUGUUUUUAUAAAUGUGGAUGUGAAGAUGAAUUAAUGAAAAAUAAAAGAAUACCAAGAGAAUGUUUUGAUAGAGGGUGGUGA